CUCUCUCGCUCCGCUCCCUCCUCGGUCGCUCUCUCGCCGUUCGCUCUCGCUCCGCACUCUCUCUCUCACUGUUCUCUCCCUCUCGCUCCCUCGUCACUCUCUCGCUCUCCCUGCUCUCGCUCUCUCUCUCACGCACUGUCGGUUGUGUCUACAAAACAGGAUGCUAGACGUUCGUGAAAGGAUGAAUGACAGCAAUUAUCAGAAAAUAUUUCACUGACUUCAGAAGCACAUGAGGACGAGGAAGAAAAAGAUUCAUCAGGAAUCACAUGUCUAUCAUGCACAAUAUUGCAAUUAUAACUUUGAAUAUUAUUUGAAGAGCUACACACCCCGGACUACUUGAAACAGGAAUAUUUUACACAUUACAAUUCUUUGAAGAAGUAGAACACGUUGGAGUGUCUAAUAUACAGCAGGCCAAACCAAUAAUUAUCGGCAUAUAUAAAGGUUUACAAAAAUCGUAUAAUGCAAAUAGUUUUUUCGCAGCAUUAAUUAAAGAUCUGCAAACCAUUAUAUGCAAUGGAGACAUAAACUUUUCUGACAGAAAAAUUGUAAUACGGUUAAGAAGUUUCAUAGCUGAUGCCCCAGCUCGAGCUUUCAUUUUAAAUCAUCAUGGUCACAUGUCUAGUAAACCAUGCUCAAAGUGCAAAAUUUCUGGAGCACUAUGCGAAGGUCGUUAUGUCUUCAACGGGAUAAAUGAUUCUUUAAGAACGGAUGAGGAAUAUGUUAGAGUAUUAGAUGAAGAUCAUCAUAAAGAGGGUGAAAGCCCAUUAUCAUUGCUUCCCAUAGGAAUGGUUUCGCAAGUCUUUUGAAUAUAUGCAUUUAGUGUGUUUAGGUGUCGUCAAAAAGCUAUUAUCGGCAUGGAUUUCCGGAAAAUUUUCACGAGCAGCUAAACUAUCGGGAAGAUCCAUUAAUGUAAUAUGUCAUAAAUUAGAAAUUCUUCGACAAUAUUGUCCUUCUGACUUUGCUAGACGUUCCAGAUCCAUCAGUGUUUAUUCGAAAUAUAAAGCAACGGAAUUGAGACAAUUUCUGCUUUAUACAGAUCCAAUUAUUAUGUAUGGUUUGUUAGGUGAACAAUUUUACAAGCAUUUCUUAUUAUUACACUGUGCAAUAAGAGUUCUAGUUUCAAAGUCCUCAUCCAGACAACUUCUCCAUUUCGCAGAACUUGCAUUACAAAAAUUUGUUCUUCGUUCAGACAAUCUGUAUGGCACAACUUUUGCUUCUUAUAACGUACAUGGUCUUCUUACGAAUGAUGUCCGACGGUUAGGAAGUUUAGAUUCUUAUUCUGCUUUUCCGUAUGAAAGCAACAUGUCUAUUUUUAGGAAAUAUUGUAGAAAACCAGGCCUACCAUUGCAACAAUUUUUCAAUAGAAUAAGGGAGAUACAAAUUCAUGGGACAUCUUAUAAUCAGGAAGAAGAUUCAUCUAUUCGCGUAUCCAUGCCGCUCAAUAAUGGUGCUGUUUUUCCUCAGUAUCGUAAAACACAAUUUAAAAAAAUACUUUUGAGUGUAAAUGUACGCGACAAUUGCUGCAUGUUAGAGAAUGGAUCAAUAUGUAUUGUCAGUAAUAUUUUUGUACGUAAUUCCUCCUAUUAUUUAGAAGUUAGGAAAUUUUUAAAAGUUGACAAUUUUUACGAUAUAGGCGUCAUCCUCAUCUGUUGAAAUUUUUAAAUGUAGUAACUUAUGCAGUGAUCUUAUGAACAUCAAUGUGAACGAGAUUAAAUGUAAAUGUUAUAGAAUGCCCUUUUGGCCUCAUAUUAUUACGGAUGAUUGCGAGAGCGAUGAAAAUGAGAAUCCUCUCAAUUUAGAAGACAAUA